CAAGCGGACAUGCUGUCGUUCAUGUUAUUGUCAGUGCUCGUCGCUAGCGCGCUGGGGUGCGGGGUUCCCCCCAUCGAGCCGCUCCCCACCCGCGUGGUCAACGGAGUGGACGCUCGCCCCCACAGCUGGCCCUGGCAGAUCUCACUGCAAUACCUGCGUGACUCGGAGUGGAGACACACUUGUGGAGGAUCCCUGAUCGCCACCAACUGGGUGAUGACAGCUGCUCACUGCAUCGAUCAAACGCGGACCUACCGCGUGUACGUGGGGAAGUACAACCUGGUGGAGGAGGAGGCCGGUUCCCUGGCCGUCGCCCCCGAGAAGCUCAUCGUGCACGAGAAGUGGAACCCCAUCUUCGUUGCUUUUGGGAAUGACGUGGCUCUGAUUAAGCUGUCAGAGCAUGUGACUCUGAGUGACACCGUGCAGCUGGGCUGUCUGCCCCCGGCUGGCACCAUCCUGCCCAACAACUACCCCUGUUACAUCACCGGCUGGGGCAGGAUCUCCACCGGGGGCCCCAUUGCUGACAGGCUCCAGCAGGCUCUCAUGCCUGUGGUGGACCACGACACCUGCACCAAGUUCGACUGGUGGGGUCCCACUCUGAGGCCCACCAUGGUGUGCGCGGGCGGAGAUGGUGUUGUUGGCGGAUGUAACGGUGACUCUGGAGGCCCUCUGAACUGUAAGAACGCCGAGGGCGUGUGGGAGGUGCACGGCAUCGCCAGCUUCGUCUCAGGCCUGGGCUGUAACUACGUGAAGAAACCCACCGUCUUCACCCGUGUGUCUGCCUUCAACGACUGGAUCGACGGGGUUAUGAUGGCCAACUGAAGUGGAUCAAAGAUGAAAUCAUUUCAAUAAAUGUUUUAACAAAA